ACGCUCCUCUUUAGACCCCGCCCCCUCUUUCCUAUUGGUUAGACAGGAGUCGUCCUGCUUUUAACAAGAGAGAGAGUCACGGGGUAAAUCUUAAAACAUUUGUUGUUUCGUGAGUGAUUCUUAAAGAUUUACUGGAUCAGUCCAACGUGUCACCUUUUGCAGGGAUGGACGGGCUUGGACGUGGGACAUGUCCUCUGGCGGUGUUCGCCAUAUGUUUUGCGUCUGUUCUGGGCCGUCCAUCCUCCUUUCUCACCCAUCUCCCGUUUUUUUCCGUAUGGAACGCGCCAACAGAGCGAUGCACGUCUCGAUUUGGGGUCGAGCUGGAUUUAAGUGUCUUUGACAUUGUGCACAACCGUGACCAGGCCUUCAUGGGAGACAACAUCACUAUCUUCUACUCUGACAAGCUGGGAGAGUAUCCUUACUAUGGGAUUGGCGGUCAACCAGUAUAUGGAGGCGUUCCUCAAAACGCCAGCCUGGACCAGCACAUCUGGAAGGCCGACAACGACCUGAGGACUGACAUCCCAGAUUUGGGAUUUCACGGGCUUGCUGUCAUCGACUGGGAAAAGUGGAGGCCGCUGUGGGAACGUAACUGGGACACUAAGGAAAUCUACUGGAAUGGCUCCAGGGCUUUAGUGAAAGCCAAACAUCCUACUUGGAAGCCGGAUCAGAUAGAAAAGGAAGCGGUGAGGGAAUUCGAGGACGCUUCACGGGCCUUCAUGGAGGAGACAUUAAAACUGGGCCGUAGAGAGCGUCCUGGAGGGUUAUGGGGGUUUUAUGGCUUCCCCUGCUGCUAUAAUUAUCAGUACAAGAAGAAUGAGACAUACACAGGUGAGUGUCCUGCUCUGGAGAUGAAGAGGAAUGAUAAACUGGCCUGGCUGUGGAACGUCAGCUCGGCCCUGUACCCUGAUAUCUAUCUGGAUCUCGGGCUCCGGGGCCGCGGUCGGGAUAUCUUGCUGUACAGCCGCCAUCGGAUCCUGGAGGCCCUGAGGGUGAGGGAACAGACCACCCAUCUGCCUCCAUCUGUCUUCCCCUACGCCAGGAUCGCCUACACCUACUCCAUGGAGUUGCUCUCACAGGAGGACUUGGUGCACACUAUCGGUGAGAGUGUAGCUCUAGGAGCUGCUGGUGUCGUGCUGUGGGGAGAUGGAAACUACUCUCAAACGAAGAAGGCCUGUGAAACGGUUCGGGACUACCUGGAUUACACGCUUGGCCACUACAUUGUGAACGUGACGGAGGCGGCAUUUCUCUGCAGCCAGACCGUGUGCUCGUCCAAGGGCCGGUGUAUCAGGAGAGACCCGAGCGGCACGGCCUACCUGCAUCUCGACCCAGCCGAAUGGUCCAUCGUUCCCAGAACUAAGCUGCUCGGGCCCGUUAGCAGGGGUCCGUCUUAUGUAGCCCACAGGAGGUUCAGGACGGUUGAAGGAGAAAGUAGUAGAUUCGCAGCCAGCUUUAGGUGCCAGUGUUUCCCAGGCUGGGAAGGAGAACAGUGUCAGAAACCAGUGCCUGUAGAACCGUUUACAUGAUAGAAAUGACUAGAAGACUGUGGGGUUUAAAGCUCAGGGCGGGUCACCUGAAGCUGAACAACAUAUUACCAUAUUGUGGACUUGACUUUACAGGGUGAUUGUGGCUUUAACAAAUAUACUUGAAGUCAUUUUAGAUAAAGUGUGUACUAAAUGACUACGUGCUUCCAUUGCUUGCUAGCUAAACUUUAUAAAAUAUUAUUUUUUUAAAUAAAUCAAGAUGCAGUUUAACUUUGAGUGUUUGUUUACAUCAAACAUGCGCAAAACCCUGAGAAUGCAAAUUAAUGUUGAUUUUAUUAAUAUUAUUAAUCAAAUUUAUUCAUAAACAGCAUCAAAAAUCAAAUCAUUGAAAUCCCAUGGAAUAUAUGGAAUAAACUAUUUUGACAAAUUGU